AAUGAGGCAAACGAACUAGGGCUCAAACCUGAAAACAAAUCGGUGGCGAUCGAAAAGGUCUCUCUCUCGCUUGCUCGCUCGCUCGCUCUCGCCACCAACACUCGCUUCUUCGAUCGAUCGAUCGAUCGAUCGCUCGCUCGCUCGCUCGCUCCCUCGCAUCGCAUCUCUUCGUUCUCCUCCCAUCAUCGCAUCGCCGCCCCGCUCCCUCUCCCUUCGCUUCCUCGUCGCCAUCGCCGUCGUAGCCGAGAUGGCGAGGUGCGCCGAAUCGGAGCCUGGUUCACCCGCGGAGGACGAAGAAGAAAAGGACGAGGCGGAGGUGGAGGAGGAAGUGGAGGAAGAGGAAGAAGAUGAUGAAGAAGAAGAGAUGGAGCUGGAGGAGGAGGAGGAGGUGGAAGAAGAGGAGGUGGAAGAGGAGGGGGAGGAGGAUGGGGAAGGAGACAUGCCCUAUUCCGUAGAUGGCGAUGAUACUAGGACAAAGGUAGAGUCUGGAGGUCGUCCUGAGGAGCUGAAGCUAAAUUCGUCCGCUCAUGAGAGAUCUGGCGCCAAUCCAGCAUCCGUUAGCCAAUUGGUGGACGAUAAUGGCGGUAACAUUACCGCCUGUGAUCCUUUAGUGGAGAUGCAAGCAGCAAGAAGAAACGAAGUCCCUAUUGAAGCUUUAAGAGAUACAAAAAGGUACAUCGAUGAUGCUCAUGAUAAUUAUAGGUCCCGUAUAGGCUCGCGUGGUCUGAAUGGUUCUGAGUCUGGGGGGAAUGUGUUCGAAACUCACAUUGAGAAUCCAAAACACGAUCGUAUUGGGGAGCAAAACGUACCAAUUCUGCAUACAAAUGCUGACUUGCGUUCUUUUGAAAAUUGUAGUGUCUCAAGUCUUAACUCUCCACGAAGAAGGCGAAGGAGCUCUUCUCCUGGCACCCCACUUGAGAAUUCAACAAAAAAGCCAGCAGUCAUAUGUGAUUUCUUUGCUAGAGGCUGGUGUAUAAAGGGGAAUUCAUGCACAUUUCUUCACCAGAAAGAGCUGGUUAUCACUGAUAGCCAGUCACCGAAAGAUGUAGGAGGGCCAUGUAAGAAGGAUGGCGUUGCUGAUCAUACAGACUCUGCACAAGCAGAAAGAUCAAAAUUGUCCACUGAUUCCACCGAAGGAGCAGAAAGAUCGAAAUUGCCCACAGGUUCUGCCAAAGAAGAAGAGACACCAAAAUUGUCCGCAUCUUUUGAGCCUCGAGACUCAUUAAAUGCUGAAACCUCAUCAGAAAUAGAUCAUCAAAGGGCCCUUGUCCUUGCAUAUGGUGGUGAAAACCAUACGUUACCACAUCUCAGUGGUGAGCACCAUCUACAUGCAUCAAAGACUGUUGAAGAGGGAUUUAUCGCUCAAGAUGAUUCACAAAGCAAUAGAACAUCUACAUUUCCAAGGAAUCAGCUGGGUCGCCCUCAAAUGAUCCGAGAAGAAUAUCAACAGCCUUUUGGCAUCAAAAGAACUUAUCUUGGCUAUAUUAAUCAUCAUGCUUCUGGCUGGGGGAAAGAGCCCCUCAGUUUUAGCAAUCAGCAGGGCCAUUAUUCAAUAUAUGACUCUCGUAGUUCUUAUAGUUCUUCAAAGUUAUUAAACCCAACUAUUGAUUACUCUCUUAACCCUCUAACGGGUUCCCCUUCAUCAAAUCGUGGAUCUACACCGUCGAGUUUGGAACAUAUCAAUGGCGGAGGAAAGUAUGAUUCUUGGUCUGCCUCACUUCCAAGAAGUUCUUCGCCGUUCUUCUCGAGAUCUGAAGUGGAGAGCAGCACACAUCAAAAGAUUCUCAGGGAGAAGAGAGCAGAAAUUCAGGGAAAUGCUUGGGAGAAUUCUGUGCCUUUCCGAUCUUCUUUUUGUAGUCUACAUCUUGGCAAACCAGCCCCUCAAAACCAAUAUGAUCCAUUUGUUGAUAGCCUUGAUCCACUCAAAGGAGGAAAUAUAAGUGAUAAUACUGGUUUGAGUGGAAACCCUACUCAUGGAUCAAAUGCCCAGAAAGCUACUACUGUAAGUGGAAACCCUGGUCAUGGAUUCAAUGCCCAGAAAGUUAGUACUGAUUUAAGUGGAAACCCUAAUCAUGGUUCUAAUUCCCAGAAAGCAACAAAUGCUCUUCCGCCGCCCCAUGAAGAGCUCCUAGAUAACAAGAGUUCAUUGGAGCUGGGAGGAGGACAUAAAUCUAACCCUAAAGAUCGUAAGGAAAAGGUUUCUCAUGUAAAUGAAGGUGCAAAUGCCAAAGAGGCGAAUUGUGACAUUAAACAAGUUGAGAAGGCUAAAAGUGACAAAGAAUCAAAGGCUUUGAAAGUAUUCCGCUCUGCCUUGGUGGAUUGUGUUAAGGAAUUGGUAAAACCCUUCUGGCGGGAGGGCCGCUUAAGUAAAGAUUCUCAUAACACGAUAGUUAAGAAAGCAGUGGAGAAGGUCCUCGGUGCAAUACAACAAGUCCCAACUAAUACAGAGGCCGUCAACAACUAUCUAUCGUCGUCAAAGCCGAAGCUUUUGAAGCUUGUGGAGGGUUAUGUGCAAAAGUACGGUAAAUCUUGAGCUUGUAUGAAUACCUAUUACCUACCGUUGGAUUUAAUCUAAAAACUCAGUGAGCUUGAUCGGACAGUGCCUUUGUAUCGACAAAGCAUCUUUCAUGGUAAGCCGCAAAUUUUGUUUUAAGCUUUUGUGCUACAUUGUUCUUUACUUUAUCUUGUAGCUUUGAGCAUUGGUGCUGUAGUGAGCCAUUAAUGUUCCUCAGAGGAUCUCUAGUUUGGGCUUACUGACUUUUCAUAAGAGAAAAAACUUGAGGUGCCCACAAGGUACAUAUUCUACAUUCGAAAA